UCAGGAUCUGGAAAUUUGCCAAGGAUGCAAAAGGAAAUGAAGAUGAUCAAAGAUGAGGAUGUGCAUUUCAAUUUGGGUGUGAAGAGGACCCCCUCUUUUCCUCAUUGCUUGCAGCCUGUGGCUUCCAGGGGGAAAGCCCCCCAAAGACACUCUUUCCCGGAGGCUCUCCGGGGACCUUUCCCCCAGUUUCGGUAUGAACCUUCCCCAGAAGACCUAGACGGAUUCCCCAGUGACUUCGAAGGCGGAGGGUCUCGGAAACGGAAAAGCAUGCCCACCAAGAUGCCCUAUAGUCAUUCUGCCGAAGAAGAAGCCCCCAUUGUGCUCCCCGCUGAGGAGACCAAAAACCAGGGUUCUCCAAACCUUCCUCUGCUGUUCCCGCAGCCCCCGCGGCCCAAGUACGACUCCCAGAUGAUCGACCUGUGCAAUGUGGGCUUCCAGUUCUGCCGCACCCUGGAACACCUGGGGGCCAGAGCCAUCAAGCAGGAGCCGGCUAAGCCCAGUGCCGUGUGGGCCCAGCCCACGGCCCCUCCGUUCCUGCCCACACCCUACCCCUACUAUCCCAAAGUCCACCCAGGCCUCAUGUUCCCGUACUUCAUGCCCUCCUCCACCCCCUUCCCCUUCAGCCGGCACACCUUCCUGCCCAAACAGCCCCCUGAGCCGCUGCUGCCCCCGCGGAAAGCGGAGCCUCAGGAGAGUGAGGAGAUCAAGCAGAAGGUGGAGAGGGUGGACGUGAACGUGCAGAUCGACGACAGCUACUAUGUGGACGUGGGUGGGUCACAGAAGCGCUGGCAGUGCCCCACCUGCGAGAAAUCCUACACCUCUAAGUACAACCUGGUGACGCACAUCCUGGGCCACAGCGGGAUCAAACCCCACGCCUGCACCCGCUGCGGAAAGCUCUUCAAGCAGCUCAGUCACCUGCACACCCACAUGCUGACCCACCAGGGCACGCGGCCCCACAAGUGCCAGGUGUGCCACAAGGCCUUCACGCAGACCAGCCAUCUGAAGCGUCACAUGAUGCAACACAGCGAGGUGAAGCCGCACAACUGCCGCGUGUGCAGCCGCGGCUUCGCCUACCCCAGCGAGCUCAAGGCCCAUGAGGCCAAGCACGCCAGUGGGCGGGAGAACAUCUGUGUGGAGUGCGGCCUAGACUUCCCCACCCUGGCUCAGCUGAAGAGACAUCUUACCAUGCACCGGGGACCCAUCCAGUACAACUGCUCCGAGUGCAACAAGACCUUCCAGUACCCAAGUCAGUUGCAGAACCACAUGAUGAAGCACAAGGACAUCCGGCCCUACAUCUGCUCCGAGUGUGGCAUGGAGUUUGUGCAACCCCACCAUCUCAAGCAACACUCCCUCACCCAUAAGGGCGUGAAGGAACACAAGUGUGGCAUUUGUGGGCGGGAGUUUACCCUGCUGGCCAACAUGAAGAGACACGUGCUGAUUCACACCAACAUCCGUGCCUACCAGUGUCACCUCUGCUACAAGAGCUUCGUGCAGAAACAGACCCUCAAGGCCCACAUGAUUGUCCACUCGGAUGUGAAGCCUUUUAAAUGCAAGCUUUGUGGGAAGGAAUUCAACCGGAUGCACAACCUAAUGGGCCACAUGCACCUGCACUCUGACAGCAAGCCCUUCAAGUGCCUCUACUGCCCGAGCAAAUUCACCCUAAAGGGGAACCUGACGCGCCACAUGAAAGUUAAGCACGGAGUCAUGGAGCGGGGUCUUCACUCACAAGGUUUUGGAAGGGGAAGGCUUGCCCAGGCUCAGAAUGCAGGUGUACUGAGGAGUCUGGAACAGGAGGAGCCCUUUGACCUUUCCCAGAAGCCCCGGGCGAAGGGCCCAGCUUUUCAUUCAGACAGUGAGAGCGCCAGGGGAAGCUCGUGCCACGAGGAGGAGGAGGAGCCAAGCUACGAGGUGGAGCCCUAUAGCCCCGGCCCCGCCCCACGUCUCCAGCCGCUCUGCUCACCGCAGGAUUUGUCCAGAAAACCCGAGCAGGCCUCCAGGUCUCCCAGAGACCACUGCGAGGAGGAGGAGGAGAAGGAGGAGGAGAAGGACGAAGUGCACAAAGAAGAGCUGCAGGAGCUGAGCAAAGACAAUCCUGGUGCCGAAGGCGGUCAGGAGCGAGUGUUUGCCCUCCGAGAUGAGUGCCUAAGUCUCAGGGCUUUUCAGAGCACCCGGCGGGGCCCCUCUUUUUCUGAUUACUUAUACUUCAAGCACAGAGAUGAGAGCUUAAAAGAGUUACUGGAGAGGAAAAUGGAAAAACAAGCAGUGCUUUUAGGCAUCUAAGUGGACAGUUUUAAAAUUACGUUUGGAAAAUGAGAACUAGAAGGUUCAAAUAUAGCUUUCUUCAUUCGCUGGGGACUGGCGGGUGGUGCAGGUCUUGACAGAUGGCUCAUACUGAAUGGGUAGGGACGGUCCAAGGUAAUGCAAAUGCCUCUCGGGUCAUUCUCUGG